GUAUUUUUGCUUGACUGAGCAGAGGUACACAGAAGUACCCCGCUACUUGUCUGCGGAGCAUCAUCCUGAAAACAUAUUAAUACAUGUUACUUCUUUUUCUCCCUCAGAUAAACUACUAGUUUUUACUGUAGCAACUAAAGAAACUGAUGGCUUUCACCGUUUCAUGCAAACUGCAAAGCACUUCAACUACACAGUAAAGGUACUUGGAAAAGGUGAAGAGUGGAAAGGUGGUGAGGUGCCUAACUCUAUUGGUGGAGGGCAGAAAGUUCGACUGCUGAAAGAAGGCAUAGAAAGCUAUGCUGAUCAGGAAGACUUGGUUGUAAUGUUUGUUGAAUGCUAUGAUGUUAUCUUUGCGGGAGGCCCUGAAGAACUGCUAAAGAAAUUUGAGGAAACUAGUCAUAAAGUGGUGUUUGCAGCAGAUGGUCUAAUUUGGCCGGAUAAAAGGCUAGCUGACAAGUAUCCUGUUGUCCGGAGUGGAAAACAAUUCCUGAACUCAGGAGGAUUUAUUGGUUAUGCUCCGUAUAUAAAUCGUAUUGUGCAGCAGUGGAAUCUGCAGGAUAAUGAUGAUGACCAGCUGUUUUACACCAAAAUCUAUGUUGACCCGUUGGCAAGGGAACGCAUUAACAUUACUUUGGACCACAAAUGUACAAUUUUCCAGACCCUAAAUGGAGCUGUUGAUGAAGUCCUUUUGAAAUUUGAAGAAGGAAGAGUAAGAGCAAGGAAUUCAGUGUAUGACACGUUACCGGUCACCAUUCAUGGAAAUGGUCCAACUAAAAUUCACUUGAAUUAUUUGGGAAACUAUAUUCCUAAUGCUUGGACACAGGAAACUGGUUGCAGUAUUUGUGAUUUAGACUUACUAGACCUGUCAACAGUAACGGAAUAUCCAAGAGUGAAAAUUGGUGUUUUCAUUGAACAACCCACUCCUUUCCUACCUAAAUUUUUAGACAGACUGUUGACUCUGGACUACCCAAAGGAGGCACUCAGUAUCUUCAUUCAUAAUAAUGAGGUUUACCAUGAAAAGCACAUCAAGAAAUUCUGGGAAAAAGCCAAGAAUAUUAUCAGAAAUAUAAAAAUCGUUGGACCUGAAGAAAAUCUGAGUCAAGCAGAAGCCCGGAACAUGGGAAUGUAA